AUGUGCGUAUGUGUGCGUAAUGACUGUGGUGCUGUCUCCUCUGUGUUGAUGUGGACUUGCCGCCUGCCGCUGCCUCUCUCACGGCUCGUAUUUCUGGAUAAAUCGCUUCGGGAAACUUCGUGACACGGCCGUAGCUGGGUCCCGUCCCGUGUGAGCCGCCGCUGGGUCGGUCCGAAACCAUGAACCAACCGAGACCCGACGAGUUCAAGCCCCCUCCUGAAUGCCCGGUGUUCGAACCCAGUUGGGAGGAAUUUGGGGAUCCUUAUGCUUUCAUCAAUAAAAUACGGCCCAUCGCUGAGAAGACUGGCAUUUGUAAAGUCCGUCCUCCCCCGGGUUGGCAGCCUCCUUUUGCUUGUGAUGUUGACAAACUACACUUUGUCCCUCGUAUCCAGCGGCUCAAUGAGCUUGAGGCCCAAACCCGAGUCAAGCUCAACUUCUUUGACCAGAUCGCCAAAUUCUGGGAUUUACAGGGAUGUACACUGAAGAUUCCUCAUGUCGAGAGAAAGCUCCUGGAUUUAUACAAGCUCAACAAGCUUGUAGCAGAUGAGGGUGGCUUCGACGUGGUGUGUCAGGAGAGGAAAUGGACCAAGAUUGCGGUUCAAAUGGGCUUCGCUCCUGGAAAAGCGAUUGGAUCUCACCUUCGGUCACACUACGAGAAAAUCCUAUACCCCUACAAUCUGUUUCAGAGUGGAGCCAACCUGCUGACCCCAGAGGCAGCUUCCAAACUGAUGCGUUUGGAGGCUGAUCCUGAAACUGAACAGUGUGUUCAGAAACCAGUGGAGAGUAAAGAUCCAGGGGGGAGCGCAGAAGUGAAGGGAACAAGCUCAAAACUGACCCCUGAAUCUGGCACUCGCAGAGCCAAACGCAUGAAGACUGAGAGCGUCUGUGUCAAAACUGAGCCAGUAGAACCUGGGGAGAACAGGCCAAACCUCAGGCGAAGGAUGGGCUCCUUUGUUGCCAAACCAGAACCUGAAAAAGAGGUUCCCAUCCAAGUGAAGCAGGAGCCAGUCGAAAUUCCAGAACCAAUCGUUGAAACUGAUAAAUUAAAGUCUCGUUAUAAAAAACAAGUCCUGCCUCCCAUCCCUCCAAGCCCAGUGGACCUGGUGGUUUGUCUAGUCUGUGGCAGUGGAGGAGAUGAGGAUCGGCUGUUGCUAUGCGACGGUUGUGACGACAGUUACCACACCUUCUGCCUGAUCCCGCCCCUCCACGACGUGCCCAAAGGAGACUGGAGGUGCCCCAAGUGUCUGGCCCAGGAGUGCAGCAAACCUCACGAGGCAUUCGGGUUUGAGCAGGCGUUCAGAGACUACUCCCUUAGAGCAUUUGGGCAGAUGGCCGAUGCUUUCAAAUCAGACUACUUCAACAUGCCAGUUCAUAUGGUGCCCACAGAGCUGGUGGAAAAGGAGUUUUGGCGCCUGGUUGGAGCCAUCGAUGAAGAUGUGACAGUGGAGUACGGAGCAGACAUUGCUUCGAAGGAGUUUGGCAGUGGAUUCCCCAUUCCCAAUGGGAGGUUCAAGGUGGCCCCGGCUGAUGAGAAAUACCUGAAAUGUGGGUGGAACCUAAAUAACCUUGCUAUGAUGAACCGGUCGGUGCUCACUCAUGUCACUGCAGACAUCUGUGGCAUGACUCUGCCCUGGCUCUAUGUGGGAAUGUGCUUCUCCUCCUUCUGCUGGCACAUUGAGGACCACUGGAGCUACUCCAUCAACUACUUGCACUGGGGUGAACCUAAAACCUGGUAUGGAGCUCCGGGUUUUGCAGCGGAGCAGUUGGAGGAGGUGAUGAGGAAACUGGCCCCAGAGCUGUUUGACUCUCAGCCUGAUCUGCUGCAUCAACUCGUCACCAUCAUGAACCCCAACACACUGAUGGCUCACGGUGUCCCGAUCUACAGAACAAACCAAUGUGCUGGAGAGUUUGUGGUCACCUUCCCCAGAGCUUAUCACAGCGGCUUCAAUCAGGGCUUCAAUUUUGCUGAGGCUGUCAAUUUCUGCACUGUUGACUGGAUGCCUUUGGGGAGGCAGUGUGUGGACCAUUAUCGCUCAUUGAAUCGAUAUAAUGUGUUUUCUCACGAUGAGAUGGUCUGUAACAUGGCGUCCAAAGCAGAGACUCUGGACGUGGUCCUGGCCUCAGCCGUCCACAAAGACAUGGUCCUUAUGAUCCGAGAAGAGCAGGAGCUGAGGGACAAAGUCAAGAAGAUGGGGGUGGUCCUGCGUAAAGAGGCGAAUUACGACCACCUGCAGGAUGAUGAGCGUCAGUGUGUGAAGUGCAGGACCACGUGUUUCCUGUCGGCUCUGACCUGCCCCUGCAGCCCUGGGGUCCUGGUCUGCCUGCACCACAUCCACCAGCUCUGUUCCUGCCCUGUUUCUAACUACACACUCAAUUAUAGACACAAUGUGGAUGACCUGUUUCCAAUGAUGAACGCAGUGAAAGAGCGCGCCCAACUCUAUGACGACUGGGCUGUUCGCGUGAGUGAGACUCUGGAGGCCAAACUAGAAAAGAAGAGAGGUUUACCUGUUUUCCGGAGUCUUUUGGCCGAAUCAGAAUCAAAAACGUUCCCUGAAAAUGAUCUUCUGCGUCGUCUUCGUCUCGUGACACAAGAUGCUGAAAAGUGCUCAACUGUAGCUCAGCAGCUUCUCAAUGGCAAGAGGCAGACCAGAUAUUGUUGUGGAAGUGGAAAGUCGCGGAGCCAGCUGACAGUGGAGGAGCUGCGUUCAUUUGUUCGUCAGUUGUACAAUCUCUCCUGCAGUCUCCCACAAGCCCCAAAGUUAAAGGAGCUGUUGAAUCGUAUCGAGGACUUCCAGCAGCACAGUGAGAAGGUUUUGUCAGAUAUGGUCCCCAGUGUGGCUGAGAUCCAGGGUUUGUUGGAAGUCAGCUUUGAUUUCGACGUGGAUUUACCUGAACUACCCCGGCUCCGUGUGCGACUGGAGCAGGCCCGAUGGCUGGAGGCGGUGCAGCAGGAGAGCAGUCAGCACAAAACCCUGAGUGUGGAGACCAUGAGGAGACUGAUCGACCAGGGGGUGGGUCUGGGGCCACACCCGUCUGUGGAGAGGGCCAUGGCUCGUCUACAGGAGCUGCUCACUAUGUCCGAGCACUGGGAGGACAAAGCUAUCAGUCUGCUCAAGGCCAGACCACCACACUCCAUUGAGACCCUGAGUGGUGCAGCAGAGAAGGCAUCUGCGAUUCCAGCCCACCUCCCAAACUGUCUGCUGCUGAAAGACACCAUUAGGAAGGCCCGAGAGUGGCUCCAGGAGGCAGAGGAGCUACAGGCUGGUGGCAGUGUUCCUUUAGCGGACUCUAUCUCAGACAUGGUACUCCGAGGACAGGCCAUCCAGGUCCACCUCGAGCCUCUGGACAAACUGGAGACGCUCAUGUCCCAGAUACAGGAGUGGAAAGAAGAGGCAGCUUCAGCUUUUCGUCAUAAAGACUCUUCCCUCUCUCUACUGGAGAUCCUUUGUCCCAGAUGUGAAGUUAGUAGUUUAGGAUCUCCGAAGAGGAAAGCCAAAAAAGGAAAAGAAUCGCCUAAAAAUAACAAAAAGAAAACUACAAAACCCAGUAAUCUCGGGGAGGUGGAGAAGGCACUUUCAGAGACCAAUGAUUCUACCUCUGCAGUAACUUGCGACAUGGAGGAGCUUCGACUUCGGAGUAUGGAGUCUUUCUUUAACCUCAGAGCGUCUAAUGAGUCCAAGCUGCUGCCCACCACCGACUGCAUGGAUCUGAGGGUGUGCGUGUGUCAGAAGCCACCCAUGGGCGCUAUGCUUCAGUGUGAACUCUGCCGAGCCUUCCAUUGCGCCUGUGUACAGGACCUGUCUGAGAGAACACAGCCCUGGCUCUGUACGCGGUGUCGACGGUCAGAAAAACCUCCACUGGCUAAAAUUAUUUCCCUGCUCACAUCACUGGAGAGGCUGGGAGUCAGGCUGCCUGAAGGGGACGCUCUGAACUAUGUAGUGGAGAGGACAGUGGACUGGCAUAUGAGGGCGCAGCAGGUUCUAUGUGCUAUUCUGAAAUUGGAGGAGAGAGCUGGGGACCCCUCCACUCUGACUCGCUGGGCACCGGGUAACAUGGAGGAGCCAAAUAACACUCAGGCUCCUUGUCUGACUCCAGAGUGGAACAGGAUCAGCCAUGCUCAAACAGUUUUCUACACUGAGCAGAAAUGUAUACCUCUACAAGGUUUGAGCAGAGACAUGGAGGAGCUCUUGGUAGAGGGGCUUCUUCUGCAAGUGUCGGUGCCAGAGGUCCAGAGUCUGUACCAUGUUCUACUAGACCAGGCCCAGAACCAGCUCUCAGACCGGCUCAUGUCCCCCACACAGACUGAGCCCACAGACACAUGUGCACAUGUGCAGUUCCCCUCUCAGGAAAACUCCCUACCAUCGCCCCUGGAUGUGGAAGCCAUUGUGUCCGAAAAGAAAACAAAACGUCAUAUUGACCGGGACAGUUUAAACACAGACUUCAGGGGGAGUGAGAAAAAGCACCCUCUAAAACGACAGAAACUGAACAAAAACCACGUGCACCGCCGCCCAACCUCCACCUCCUCCUCUCCGAGGUCAGACGGAUCUCAGUCCGAGAACUCAGACGACGAGACCGAAGUGUGUCCCGCGGAGAGAUGCCAGCUGCCCGAGGGAGACGAGGUGAAUUGGGUGCAGUGCGACGGCAGCUGUAAUCAGUGGUUCCACCAGGUCUGUGUGGGCGUUACCGCAGAAACGGCAGAGAAAGAGGACUACAUUUGUGUCAGAUGCUCAAUCAGCGAUGUCUGAAAAAUAUGAAGAAACAUUUUUUUAAAGAUUGUCUGGUUCCUUGGCCUCCUUUACCUCUGUCCCAUCUGUCCCAUCCUUUUGUAACAACGGUGCUAUCUCCUUUUGACUUGUGUCCAGAAUUAUAAUUGUGAAUUUUUUUUGUAUUUUUACAUUAUAUAUUAUUCUAUUCUUUCUCUUCAUGAAAUGUGGUCGUCUAAUUGAAAAAUCAGGUUGUGACGUGUGCUGCAUGGGAUCCCGUUAUAUUGGUGGAAGAGAGAUUUCUAAACAUCAUGACAAUGCCCCAUUAAAGACAGUUAGUUAAGGAUUUCCAUUAUCUUCUCUGGGAACUUACUGCAUGUUAAAGCAUUGCAUAAGGGGCAUUAGGUAGCUAUUAAGGUUUUGUAUCCUCUGAGGCCUCCUUCCCAUCUUUUAAAAAAAUAGUUAACAGUUUAAAACAACUACACUAUUUUCAGCCUUAAAGGUGCACUGUGUAACUUGUCUAGUGGGGUUAUGUCACUUGUUUGUCUCCAAGGAGAUUGUUUAGCCUGGAAUGUUCCACAGUAUGGUAGUAUAUUUAUCAAGGAAGUGUUUUUUUUUUGCUCAGAAAUAUAUACUUUUAAAAAAAAUGUGGUUCAGGUCUGCAGAUCUCUACAGGCACCACCUACUUGUUUCUGUGUAGAUGGAUAAUUUUAAUGACAUAGAGUGUAACAUUCCAGAGAAAGGAAUAACAUCUCCAUGAAGAUAGCAGGUGGUGGACCCUUUACCAGGAAAGUUAUGCAGUGCACCUUUAAUAAAGCAUAAAGAAAGACAUAAUUCAUAAGCCUGAAUCAUUAUCACGUUCUGAACCACAAUUUGUUCUUCAUUCAUGCUUUAUGGCUUAUUAAUGUGUAGUUAUUAUAAAGUGUUACCAAAAAACAAACAUUUUACUUUCCGUGUUUGGUAAAUGCAUCUCUUAAUAUAAAUAGUCCCGGUUUUGUAGAAUAGGUUAUUUAUCUGAGCAAUAAUUUGUCUUGAGUUGACUUAAAUGGCUUGGUCUCCACUGAGCUGUAUUGGUGUGAUGUACAGAGAUCUACGUGGUUUUGAAGUAGCGAAGGACGAAGGAGCGAUGCUGCUGAUGUGUGACCCCAGCAUGUAGCCUGACGUAGGGUACUGGACAGGACAGGGGCACUUUAAGAUGUUACAAGUUUAUAUUGGAAAAUAAAGCCCUUUUGUUCUAUGA